UAGAAUUAAGACAUCCGGGAUAAAUGACUCAGCUGAGCGCAAUGAAGCCAAAACAUGUGCGUCCAGGCUUAAUUGGUUGCACAAAGACCAAGCCAGGAUGAGCAGACACGGAUUCAUUAAGCCAGGUGAAACCAAUCCUGGAUAGGUGCGCGCUCACGGCUCACUCAAAUAGACCCCGCCACAGAUCACAGAUUAACUGAUUUACCAUGGCAACUAGAGCCGCGUACUUUUCCCCGUCGGAAGCACAAAUCCUCAUGGAGGCAUACGAGGAGGUAAAAGAUAUAAUUAAGAAGAAAGGCAACACCGCCACAGUGAUAAAGCAAAGAGAAAAAGCGUGGCAAAGUAUUGCAGACCGCCUGAAUGCGUAAGUAGUGCACAAUUACACACUCACCGCUCCGCUGAAACAUCACAAUUACAAUUCAAAUAUUUAAUUCACAUCUCCAAAAAUACAGUUGUACUGUAAUUAUGAAACGGUUAAAUUUUUAAUUGAAAUGCACUGCAGAUAUGAGUGAAAUUGUGUAAAGUAACUCCAUCACACUGUAUAAAGCUAUGAUAAUUUUUUUAUAUUUUUACUGAAGACAAAAAUACCAAGUAAUUUUUUGCAGUGUGACUCCAUUAAAUGUGUGUGUGUGUGUGUGUAGAUUAAACAUGAACGGGCCAAAACGGACAUGGCAGCAGGUCAAAAUCAAAUACAAGAACAUUCUGCAGAAUGCAGUGAAAAAUAAUACCCACAGACAAGGCACGGGUGGUGGGUCACCAAAGGCUGACCUUACCCCAGCAGAGGACAUGGCCUUGGAGCUAAAUAAAGGCAGGCCCGUCUUAGAGGGGAUCCCUGGGGGGAAAGAGACGAGCAUAGGUUCCUCCCAAGAUGCCACCCGCUUCAUUCAAGUGCCUGGCAGCACUGUGUUCCUGUUAGAGCCACCAGCACAAGCACCAGACGAUGCUGAUCCAGGUGAAGGCCCCAGUGCAGCAGCAACAGCACAUGAUGGAGACGAUGAUGAGGAGGAGACCAUCUCUCUGGAUUCCAGAAGGCAUGAGGACCCAAAUGCUAUACAGUGGGAAAACCAGCCUGGCAACAUAAGCUCACAAGCUAUCAGAAAGUUGUAUGGCAACCACCUCCGGCGCCAAAUAGAACUGGCAGACAUUCAGGACAAGAAGAAAAAGAUGGAAAAUUUUGCACUGGAGUCCGAAAUAAAAAAGAGGACAAUUAGGAAACUGGACCUUGAAAUAAAAAAACUUGAGAGGGAGCUCCAAGAAGAUGACACAGCUCAAAAUAAAAAUUAGCAAUCAGUACAACCAAGUCAUCAUUAUAAGGCAUCGCCCUCUUUUGCCCACCCCCCCAGCACCAGGUGUGGCCACUAGCCUAUAUGAAGGCCCAAAAUUGUGUGUUCCUUUCUGCUCUGACAAUGGCAUGCCCAUUCGUGCGAGAUGUGGUGGAUGAAGAAGCACUUGUGCUGAGGAGAGCCUUCAGGCGAGAAAGGGUCUUCAGGGACCGGUUGGACCCACUGGCCUUCCCUGAUGACCAUCUAUAUGAAAGAUACAGGUUUUCUGCAGAUGGCAUCAGGUAUCUAUGCAGACUACUGGGUCCCAGGAUUAAGCACCGCACUGCACGGAGCCAUGCACUGAGUGUGGAUCAAAUGGUUUGUGUGGCCUUGCGCUUUUUUGCUAGUGGAGCCUUCCUGUACUCAGUGGGGGAUGCAGAACAGCUGAACAAGGCCACAAUUUGCCGCACAAUAAGGAGUGUGUGUCUGGCUAUCAAAGCAUUAGCAGAUGUCUUCAUCUCCUUCCCUGGCCACAGAAGACUCUGUGACAUCAAAGAGGAGUUCUAUAGGAUUGCAGAUGGUCUGCAAUGCUGACUGUGUGAUCAGCAAUGUUGUGGCAAAAUGGCCUGGCUCAGUCCAUGACUCCAGAAUCUUUCGGUCCUCUGAAAUCUAUCAGUGCCUAUCACAAGGUGAAUUCUCUGGUGUGUUGCUGGGAGACAGGGGGCAUAUGGCUGCCAGCCUUUUCUCCUGACACCUUUCACAGACCCCCAGGAAGCACAGCAGGCCUACAACCAUGCCCAUGCCAGGACCAGGGCCAGAGUUGAAAUGACCUUUGGCCUCCUGAAGGCACGCUUUCACUGCCUUCACAAAUUAAGGGUCAGCCCUGUUAGGGCAUGUGAUAUUACUGUGGCUUGUGCUGUCCUCCACAAUGUGGCCUGCCUGAGGAAGGAGAGGGCCCCCAGAGUGCCACCAGCCAUGGACUGGGACAAUCCGGCAAUCUUCCCUGAUGACGACAGUGGUCGGCUGCUGAGGGACCAAUAUGUGUUGAAUUAUUUUAGUUAGUAUGUGUGCUUUCAAUUUUGGUUAAAUAUGUCCUGCGGUGGCAGAGGAAUUUGGGUUUUUUUGGGUUCGUUUUUUGACGAAUUUGGCCUCUUAUGAUGUUUGUGCGGUAUACUGUGUGUAAUACAAGGCUGCAGGAGGCUACUGCAUCCAUUCAUUUGUCUGUUCAGUUGAUGUGUAUGGAUUUGUCCUGCAUUUAUUUUAGUGUGCAGACAUGCAGGGUGUGUUAUAUACAGACCUUUGAAUGUGUAUGUAUCAUUUUGUAUAAUAUGCUUGGAUUCUGUGCUUUCCAUCUUGUAGAGUCACUGUGACUUCAGUUUCGAAAGGAGCUGAUGGUUUACCUGCUUUGUUUUGUCCUUAUUCAAUAAAGGAACAUAAUGUUACACAUUGUGUUUUUAUAUUCA